AUGUCGCUCCCACUGAACACCAAAAUCAUCAGUGAGGCGCUGGAAGCGCUGAGGAGACAGGCUGUUGGCAUCCUUGGCUUCACAAUUCUGGUACAAGGUGGAGAUGAUAUGGGGUUGUCUGAAGAACCUCUUGACAUUCUUAUUCUUGCUCAUACGUUGAAUUGGUACCUCACACCUAUCGGUUUCAUCAUGAACCUUGUUGAUAACCUAACGAGCAAUGCAGAAGUGCAUAGAUGCGAGCAUUGUGUUCGGUAUGAGGGGGCCAUGACUGCAGUUGGGAUUCAAGUUGUGGGACUAAUGAUGUUCCUGCGUUGGCGCUUGGCUGUUGUCUCAUGGCGUAGUCGUCUUUGCCUUAACUUUGAACCAAACAUUGCCCUUGAUGAAAAUAAGGAGGCAGGGCAUAUCAUCCACACACUGUUUGCAGAUGGAGUUAUAUUUUACAGUGUAAUGUGUACCAUAAACCCUAUCUUUAUCAUCAUGGUUGUGAGGGCUCCAGAAGGCUUGAAGAACAUUACUGGACAACUUGAACUUAUAUUAACGGUCGUAAUGAUGUCAUGCAUCACACUCAGCUUAAAGAAGGAGGGCACACGUGAUUCUGUACCACUCGACACACAUUUUGGAAGCAAAUUCCCACUCUGCUUUGAUUGCCAAAGGCCUGUCAAAGAUAUCAUGAACCCGCAACCACCAGCUCCUAGCUCCCAGACUUCUCCAAUGACAACAGAAUUGUUCGAAAUGCAAAGUCAUGCAGGAGCUUUUGACGGUGAUAUAUUCUCUCAAGGACAGCAAGAUGGUGAUGUUCACAUCUGCUUCGCCUUCCCUGCAGUGACUAAUGCAUUUGACCUUGUGAACAAUGAAUGCAGCAGGUGCCAGGAGGCAAUGGUUUGA